AUGUCUUUUUCUGAUCUCCCAUUCUCAUAUGGUCCAUUCGCUCCGCACUGGGUUCCCAAGCAGUAUAUCGAGAACUACUUUUCAAGCCAUCAUACAGACAGCUACCUUAUCACAAACACAACUGUUGAGAGUAUUACGAAAUCAAAGAGCCCAGAUCCCAAUAGUGAACCAAUAUGGUCUCUCAUCUUAAGGCGGUACAAUGCCGUGAAUCAACAAGACGAAUGGUGGAAGGAAGACUUUGAUGCGGUCAUCAUUGCCAAUGGCCAUUACUCUGUGCCCUAUGUGCCCCAGGUGGCUGGCCUCGAAGAAUAUAUCCGCAUCUACCCAGAUCGGGUAAUGCACUCGAAGCAGUUCCGAUCGGCGACUGAUUUCACCAAUCAGAGGAUUAUAGUUAUCGGAAAUUCAGCAUCAGGCAAAGAUAUAACUACAGCCCUUGUUUCUGAAGCUGCUUUUCCUAUCUAUCAGUCUCGUCGAACGCCUAGCCGAUGGGAUGGCGAUAAUCCGCCGCCGGGUGUAGAAUGGAAGCCAAUCAUCACGAGAUACGAUCCUUCCGGCGAAAUAAUAUUUGCAGACGGCUCAGUGAUAGCGGGGGACAAAAUUGACAAAAUCAUUUACUGCACUGGAUAUAAACCCUCUUUUCCGUUCUGGAACGUCCAGCAAAAUGGUCGCCAGCUCUACGACUACCGUGAGGAUCGUCUAGUUGGUAGCUAUCUUCAUACGUUCUUCUCGGAUUUACCUACGCUGGCAAUAAUUGGUAUUCCGAGGGUUUUAACAUUUCGCUCGAUGGAGUAUCAAGCUAUCGCUGUCGCUCGAGUGUGGUCUGGCCGUCGCUCGUUGCCCCCAACAGAAGAGCAAGAGCGGUGGGAAAGAAGCCGCGCUGACCUGACGAAGAGAGAAAGGCGCAGGUUUCACGACAUACCCUGGGAUAAUGGGGACACUUGUCAUUACCUCCAGGCUUUAUUUGAUAUUUCUGGCCUGCCUACUCUAGACGGCGCAGGAAGAUACCCACCUGUCCUUGACGCGAAGACGAGAUGGGCUAUUCAAAAUAUUAAAAAAUACCCCGAGCCGGGAAAAACGCGGGAGAAGGAUGGGUUUGUGGUCGUGGAAUCUUCCGAGCUCAAAGAUAGUCUUCAUUUUAUCUAA